AUGCAGACCAGACUACCUAGAUGCCCCGCUCGCCGCGACGACUUCGAGAUCGCUAUUAUCUGCGCGCUGACGUGCGAGCGUAAUGCCGUCGAGGCUGCUUUCGACGAGUUCUGGGACGAGGACGGCGAUCGAUACGGCCGUGCCAAUGGCGACCUCAAUCAUUAUAUUACUGGUCGCGACGUUAUUAUUAGCAAGAGCGUGGUGCAGUACGACUUCGGCAGGCAGCACCCCGAUAAGUUUGUGCGCAAGGAUAGCGUCGAAGAUAACCUCGGCCGAGCGAACAAAGAUAUUCGGAAUCUAAUAGCAGUCUUCGAAUCAGACCGUGGAAUCGACAGGCUCGAGGAACGAGCCACACAAGUACUGCAGGAAUUGCAGCAAAAAUUACCCCGAAGGCGGUCCGGGAAGUACGACAGCCCUGGAGCCGCUCAAGACAAGCUCUUCAAGUCGGAUUACCACCAUAAGCAUCAGAACAAGCUGAACUGCAUCUGCCAAAGCUGCCUCGGCGACUUUGAUCCUGUCUGUCCGGAGGCGCUUAAAUCGCCGUGCGAUGAUCUCGGUUGUGAUCACAGCUUCUUAGAGCCUAGGCCUCAACGCCUAACACAAUCCCCUGCCGCCCAUACAGGGGUUAUUGCUUCGGGCGACUUAGUCCUUCGGUCGGCUGCCCAUCGAAACAAGAUCUUCAUGGAGACCAAGGCGGUCGCAUUUGAGAUGGAGGGAGCGGGCGUUUGGGACGAGGUUCCUUGCAUCGUGGUCAAAGGGGUGUGCGACUACGCGGACAGCCAUAAGCACAAGGGCUGGCAGGAUUAUGCAGCAGCAACUGCCGCUUCAGAAAGGAAGGAAGAUUGUCUGCGCUCGCUAGCCUUUGCCCGACUCGGGGCCCGCCGGCACGACAUCGAGCCUGCCCUCGCCGGCACCUGUGACUGGCUCUUUGCCACCCCCGAGUUCCGCGAGUGGUGUCGCCGCGACCGCCUCGCCGACCAUCACGGCGUCCUCUGGCUCAAGGGCAAGCCCGGCGCUGGCAAGUCCACGCUAAUAAAGCAUGCCCUCCAGUACUGCCAGCACCACUUCCUCGACCACUUGAUCGCCGCGUACUUUUUCAAUGCGCGGGGCGACGCGAGUGAGAAGUCGCCCCUAGGCAUGCUCCGGUCGAUCACCUAUGAGCUUAUCAAGCACGACGACACUAUCUACAGACUCUUCGUGCCGCGCUACGAUGACAAGACGCGCCUAAACGGUGAUAAGACAAGGGCGGGAGGCCGUAUCAUGGGCCUUCUAAAGCUAUAUGAUUGGUCGUUUUCCGAGCUCCGCGACUUUCUUCUUGAGGUGAUCAGAUGGCAAGGGAUGCAGAACGGCGGAGCGGUAAAGCGGCCGUUGCUCCUGCUAGUCGAUGCCCUUGAUGAGUGCUCCGAUGACGGCGUUCGUAUUGUCGUGAAAACGCUCGAGACGCUAAGUAGUUGUGCCGCGCAGGCGAACGUUACGCUCCGGAUCUGCCUAUCGAGCCGUUACUACCCUACAAUCACAAUACAGAAACACCUACCACUCUACGUGGACAGUAUAGACGGGCAUAGCCAGGAUAUUGCCGCCUAUAUUAGCGAUACCCUCGUGGGAGAUAACGCGGAACUUCAGGCUGAAAUUCAGCGUAGGGCGGAUGGCGUUUUCCUUUGGGUGGUGCUAGUGGUUGAGCAACUUAACAUUGCCUACGACGAGGGUGAGAUUGAGGCAAUGUGGACGGCCCUUCAGUCUGUGCCGGAUAAUAUCGAGAAGAUUUUCGAGGCUCUACGGCCACUCUUUCUCGACGAGCUCUACUAUGCUAUAAUAUGGGCUACGGGCAAGAAGGAGGUGCUGACGCAGCACCGGCUGACGUCGGAUGAUAUGCGUCGACGGAUUAUCUCAGCCUCGCGAGGCCUUGUUGAAGUGCGAAAGCCGAAGAGUGAAAAUUUAAGGAACGACGAUGAGCAGCGAUUUCAGGUCCAGUUCAUCCACCUAUCCGUCAACGACUUCCUCUUCCGCCAGGGCCGACUCGGCCAGCUCGACCCGACUCUCGGUCCCGACCCCGUCAGCGCGACUCAUGGCCGCCUUUGGGCUAUCUGCUGGCGCUACAUAAAGCAGUGUAUUGCAUGGGACCAUAACGAUUCAGUCCAGCGACGGCCAAGCGCAGAGUCGGUCACCCAGCUCCAACAUGACUACCCGUUUCUCGGCUACGCCACCCGUUAUAUCUUUGCCCAUGCGGACAAGGCAGUGUCACGUCCUAUCAAUAUAGGAGGCCCAGGAGACCCGGGACUGGCGGCCAGAGCGGAUUCGCAAGAGGCAGUGGUCUCAUGGCUCGAGAAGCAGGCGACGGGGCUCGAAUGGUGGGUAGGGUUCGUCCGGGCUACUGCGGGCGACUAUGAGACGAGGGAGAACAUAGAUGCAGACCUUCUCUAUAUCUUGUCUUUCGGAGGCUAUAGCAAUCUGGCGCGGAUUGUGCUAGCGACGGAGCAGCUUCGCAUCAAGACUGAUCUUAACGCACAGGCCCAGGUCGGCGACUACGGGACGGCGCUCUGUGCGGCGGCGGCGAGAGGAUCGACAAAGAUAGUACGAAUCCUGCUGGCGGCCGGGGCCGAUGUGCAUCUCCAGGCCCAGGUCGGCGACUACGGGACGGCACUCUGUGCGGCGGCGGCGGGAGGAUCGACAGAGACGGUACAAAUCCUGCUAGCGGCCGGGGCCGAUGUGCAUCUCCAGGCCCACUUCGGCUGCUACGGGACAGCGCUCUGUGCGGCGGCGGCGGAAGGGGAGAUAGAGACAGUACAGAUCCUGCUAGCGGCCGGGGCCGAUGUUAAUUUCCAGGCUCAGGUCGGCCACUACGGGACGGCGCUCUGUGCUGCGCAGAAGAACGGGUAUCGCGAUAUCGAGCAGCUGCUACUUGAGGCUGGGAUUCAUCCCCGUAGCUCGAGCCCAGACUGGACAAAUACGCUGAUAGAGACUGAGGCUCAGGCUACCGCUACCACGCAGACUGCGGCGCCCGUCGAGGACGCGGCUAUACCUGCGCCAGCCUUCCUGACGGGCAGGAUAUGGAGGCGCCUUGGGCUAUCGGCAGUAGCUGCCCUUCUUCUCUCUUAUGUUUUUGAUUUCUUUGUCUACGGGGAGUCAUACGGGUCGAUCUAA